AGCGAGCCAGUGGCAGAACGACUUCCGGCGGCGGGAGCUGCGCGGCCCCUUAUCAUGGGGACAAUACAUCUCUUUCGAAAAUCACAAAGAUCUUUUGUUGGCAAGUUAUCACAGGAAUUUAAAUUGGUAGCAGCAGAUCGAAGGUCUUGGAAGAUCUUGCUUUUUGGUGCUAUAAACUUACUGUGUACUGGAUUCCUACUUAUGUGGUGCAGUUCUACUAACAGUAUAGCUUUAACUGCUUAUACAUAUCUGACAAUCUUUGAUCUUUUCAGUUUAGUGACAUGUCUGAUAAGCUACUGGGUAAUGGUGAGGAAACCAAGCCCAGUCUAUUCGUUUGGGUUUGAAAGAUUAGAAGUCCUGGCAGUAUUUGCUUCCACAGUUCUGGCACAAUUGGGGGCUCUCUUUAUAUUAAAAGAAAGUGUGGAACGUUUUUUGGAGCAGCCUGAAAUACAUACGGGACGAUUAUUAGUUGGCACUUUUGUGGCUCUCACAUUCAACUUGUUUACAAUGCUUUCUGUUAGGAAUAAACCUUUUGCUUAUGUCUCUGAAGCUGCUACUACUAGUUGGCUUCAGGAACAUGUUGCUGAUCUUAGUAGAAGUUUGUGUGGCAUCAUUCCAGGGCUUAGCAGUAUAUUCCUUCCUCGAAUGAAUCCUUUUGUCUUGAUCGAUAUUGCUGGAGCUUUUGCUCUUUGUAUUACAUAUAUGUUAAUUGAAAUAAAUAAUUAUUUUGCGGUAGACACUGCUUCAGCAAUAGCUAUUGCUUUGAUGACAGUUGGUACUAUGUAUCCAAUGAGUGUGUAUAGUGGGAAGGUGUUACUCCAGACUACACCGCCUCAUGUUAUUGGACAAUUGGAUAAACUUAUCAGAGAGGUUUCUACCUUGGAUGGAGUAUUAGAAGUCAGAAAUGAACACUUUUGGACACUGGGAUUUGGUUCAUUGGCUGGAUCAGUGCAUGUUCGAAUUCGAAGAGAUGCAAAUGAACAAAUGGUUCUUGCUCAUGUGACCAACCGACUCUACACUUUGGUGUCAACUCUGACUGUUCAGAUUUUCAAAGAUGAUUGGAUGAGGCCUGCUUUAAUAUCUGGACCUGUUGCAGCCAAUAUGCUAAACCUUCCAGAUCAUCAUAUAAUCCCAAUGCCACCUUUAAAGGGUGAUGACUUGAACCCUCUCACAUCAACUCCAGCUAAACCCAGUACUGCACCUCCAGAAUUUUCUUUUAAUACACCAGGGAAAAAUAUGACCCCAGUUAUUCUUCUAAAUACACAAACUAAGCCUUAUGGUUUGGGCAUUAAUCAUGGAUCCACACCAUAUAGCAGUAUGUUCAGUCAAGGAUUUGGAGCACCAGGAAUGGGAGCAACUCAAGGAUUCAGGACUGGUUUUACAAAUAUACCAAGCAAAUAUGGAACUAACAGUAGAGGGCAACCCAGAUCAUAAGACACUGCCAUUUGAUCUUAUUUAUUCUUAUUAAGGGUAUCAACUUUUUGACCUCUGGUCUCUUUAGCUGUCCAGACAUGUCAACAUCUGAUCAUUCAUUCUAAAUAUUAGGAAUUGAUGGUCUAAUUCUCAUUUCAUGAAGCCUAUAAAAUUAUACUUUUUAUAAAACUUCUUUAAGCUAAUGAAAUUCUCCUGAAUUAGCAGAGUUUAAAUGGAUUUGCUAUAUAGGAAGUGUGUUCCUCUAAAUUCAGAUUUUGCUUCUUUUUCAUUUUUUUUAAUUGAUUAUAGUAUGAUAUUGUGUUAGCUUUAUAAGAAAUCACUUCACACGAGUGUCAACAUUUCCUUUUCUUGGUAAAAAGAUGUUUUCCUCGGUUGAGAUUAUGAAUCUGUUUCCUGAAUAAUGGUAAGAAUUUCAGGAAUAAGAAAAAAUUACCAUUAUGAAAGUAAAGGUCUCUUCUACAGCUUUUCCAAAGUCAGUUAUAUUUUCUUUGGGGCCACAUUAGCCUUUGGAAGUUAUUGUGUUACAAAGUAAAAUCAAAGUCUCCUUUUACUUGAAGUUUUCUAUACAUGUUUUACUGACCAAGAUUUUAAAAUGUCGUGACUAGAUUUUUAUCAUGGUUUUUAUUGUUGUUUACAUUUAGCAAUCAAUAAGGAUUUUCACUAAUUUUUCUGCAGUUUUAAAUGAACUAUGCUUCUCUUCAUUAUACUUUUGGUUAACUUUUUAACCAUUCAUCAAUGUGCAGUGAUUACUCUAGUAAGGAAUUAAUGGUGGAAAUAGUCAUAAUUAUACAACUUUUAUAAUUUAUGACCCUUUUACUAGUUCACUCUUCUGUAUUUCAUGAACACAGCUGUAUUGACCAUAUCUUACUUGCAAAUUCACAUAAAUAUUUUGGUUUUUACACUGUUUGAUGUCACAAAAACAAAAUGGGACUUUAGAUUGUUAUACAAUAUUACAUCUCCUGAGGGCAGAAUUGUACUUUAUUAUCCUGCUUUAUCAGGAAUAGUGAAAUAGUAAUGGUAGCAAUAUUUUUGAAAAUGGCAUAGGACAUUUAUUUAUUUUGAAUGUUUUCCAUGUGUAUAUUAUGUGGACUUUCCAGUAUAGCUAGUGCUGCUUUGUAUAAAGCCUAGUAAGUAAUACCCAAAUGUUCUCUUAAACGUAGUCAACUUUAUAUGACCUCUAUGACCACUGUUUUUAACAGGCGAUUUAAUGGGUAAUUGAAGUUAAAUUUCCCCGUUUGCCAGGGAUCUUCCAGUAAUUAUAAUUUGGAUGUUCCUCUUGGUGCUGCUUUUAUGGAUGUAUGACCUCAACCUUUUAACAUCCAUCCACAGAAGAUUUUAAUUGAAUUCAGAAUGUUCAUGAAGACCAUCCCACCUUCAACAAAGUAUCAGACCUCUCCCUGUCACUGAGGGAUUAUGAGUUGGAGGCUUGGAGCAAGUGGGAAUGAAGAAGCUCUUUGGAAGUGCUUUGAAAGACCCCUAUUUGCCUCAGGAUGAGGUCUAGUCUACCAAUAUCCAGAGGAAAACAACUCCAUGGAGCAGAGUUUUAUUGUCCAGUAGAAAUGUGUAGCCAUAUCCUAAUAACUUACUUGGUGAGCACUCAUCCAUCUUCCAUAUUUAUAGUGUCAUGUAGACAAUUGGGGGUGUAGGAAAAAUCUAAUCAAAAUUGUAUGUUUACCCUGAAGAGAAUGAGACUUGCUCAAAUAUGGUAAGGGAGCUUUCCUUCUUUCCUGUCUUAUGCUGUACCAUACCUGUGGCACUGCCUAUUAAAAGGCUACCACUACAGGAAGGUCUUAACACCAGUCACCAACCAAAUGUGCCUGUGACUAUCUUCAAAGACCAGAAGAACUUCCAUAUCCUGAGAGGUGGUAAAAGGUAUGUUUUCCGUGUGGUUUUGUCUUUCAUACCCUGCAUACAGCCUCUACUUCUGUGAGAAUAAUGAUGUUUGGGUGCUGACUGAGUCUGUGAAGCCUACUUCUUCCAUAUCCAUUCAGAGGUGGCCACCUGUACAAGUGCCCCACCAAAGGUGCUUUAAUUACUGUUUACACUAGUUGAGAAUAGUUAUUCAAAGUUUACCCGUAGGAUGUGAAAGCAGAACUGGCUCUACCUGCUGCUAUUUCAUUCAUCUGCCAUCUGCUUUGGGUGAUGCUAGUCUGUUAUGCAUUUUGUUUUAUAAGGCAUAUUUUUUCAGACUAUCCCACAGGAAAAACAAAAGUCUUGCUAGCAAAUAGCCUAUAAGUAACAACUUUGAUGUUGCCAUAGUGCCAACUAUAGGUAUCUAGGCAUGACGUUUGAAAGGAUUUAAGUACUUGUCAUCUAGUUUGAGUUUUAUGAAGAUUUCUCUAAAGAUGUGAUCAGCAGGCAUUGAAUUGAGCAGCAACCAUACAUGUAUAUCAAUGCCCCCUUGCUGAAUAAAGAAUGUUGAGCCCAGAAUUUUUUAUUGCAGUGACUACCUCAACAUAAUGGCCAACUUUUAACCUAUGCUGACACCAAAGCCAUUAAUUUGAGCUACCAUGGGAAUGAGAGGUGGAUAGUUUGGUGCUAAUUAAAUAGUUGUGGGGUUUUUUUUCCAGACAACAUGGAGGUAAGGCUAGAUUUUUGAACUAGCAUAAUUUCCUUUUGGGUUUAUUACAUUUUUUCUGGGGUGAGGAUAUUAAAAUGAUUUGGGCAGUGUGUUUUUUACUCCUAUGGAAUGCAGGCAUGGAUCUCUCUUUUCCAAUGACUGAAGCCUAUGAUUGGUGAUUAAAAAGGCAUAGCAGCUCUUUGAUAGAAAAGUCUAGAUUUUAUGCCUCUGAUUGACAGUAUUCUGGCUGAGCUAUGAACAGCUGCUAAUUUUCUACUAAAGUAUAGGAUACUAAUCCAUCUCUAAUAAGAGGUGUUUUUAAAAUAUUCUGUAUUAUUUGAAUUAAGCUAUUUGAGUCUAAGAAUGUUUAGGUACAUUGAUUUUAAGCAAUUGUUGCACUCAUUUUUGUACGUUUCAUUAAGUCCUUUAUGCAACUGAUGUUUUUAAGAAUCUAACAUGUACAGGACACAAAGCUAAUACAAAGAUAAGUUAGCUGUCAAUUCAGUUUAAUUCAACUAACACUAUUAAGCACUUACUACAUAUAAGACACUGAUACUUGCUGGAGUUACAAAGAUAAAAAGAAAACAAACCCUGUCUUCAUAGGACUUAGAUUCUGAUAAAGGAGAUAAUGGAUACAGUUAAUAGCUACAGUACUUCCAUUUCAGUGACUCCUACCUGGUCUCUCUUGACUGACUUCAUAUUUCAUUCAGCUUCAACCAAUAAACAUGGGAUGACUAAAUGAGGAGUGAGGAGGGCUCAAAGUGGAAGGGAGAGAGAACAGAUUUUUUAUUUUAUAUAAAUUUAAGAGAUAACUAUAAAGGCUAUAUUAUAUACUUAACAGUGAUCCAGUAUUUCAGGACUUAGAGCAGAGCUUUUAAGCAAUUUAGACUUUUUUUUAAAGUGAGGCAAUUGGGGUUAAGUGACUUGCUCAGGGUCACACAGCUAGUAAGUGUUAAGUGUCUGAGGCCGGAUUUGAACCCAGGUACUCUUGACUCCAGCGCCUGUGCUCUAUCCACUGCGCCACUUAGCUGCCCCUCCUUUUUUUAAAUUUAGACUUUUUAAACAGUUAAUAGUUUAAAUUUAUUAGGUUUAUUAAUAUUGAGAUCAUCAUCAAAUUGCAGCCUAAUCAACUUGAUUUCUUACAAAUAAUUUAGCUACUGUAAUGCAUAAUCAAAUUUUCUGGUCAGGAAGCAAUUUCUUUGCUUCUGAAGUUUAAAAAAAAACACAAUUUUUUGAGAUUCACUAAUAUCCCCAUAAUGAUAAAACAUUCUUUACUGCUCAUACAAUUCCCUGCCAGACCCAGCUGCUGGAAGUUUUCCAGAAAUUUCUUCUCAAAUGAUCCUAAGAAUAGAAAUAAUGAUGGUGUUAGUUUGAAGUGAGCCUCAAUCUCUUCAAAAGACACAUUUUCUGAAUUUAAUUUUCUUUGCACAUAGAACUAAUUGAAAGAAUCAUUGACCUCAUUGUUUACAAAUACCAUGUUGGGACAAGCAUUUAAUAUCAGAAAACAAUGUGAAUAUUUUAUCUUGGAGGUAACAGGAAGCCACAUGAUUUUUUUGACUAAAAGGUGACAAAGACUUGUGCUUUAGGAAGAUUACUUCAAUACCUAAGUGGAGAAUGGACAAGUGAGAAGAGCCUUGAAAUAGGGAGACUAACAAACUAUUGUUUGUGACAAUAAUGCAGGUAGGAGGUGAUGAGGAUCUGCAUUAGAGUGGUGGCAAUGUCUGAGGAGAGAAGGGAGAGUAUACAAGGGAUAUAACCAUGGCAGAAACAAUAAGACUCAGCAGCUGAUUAGGUAUGGGGGCCAGAGGGGUGGGUGAGAGAGUGAGGAGUGAAACCUGAGGGACUGGUAGGAUAGUCAUACCCUCAAUCAUAAUGGAGAAUUUAGGAAGUGGUGAAAGGGGUGGGGGAGAUAAUGGAGUUCAGUUUUGGACAUGCUGAGUCUAAGAUGCCUAUGGGGCAUCCAGUUUGAGAUGUACAAUAAGCAGUUUGAAAUAUAAGAUUGUAGGAAAGAAGUUAGGGGGAGAGAGAUCUGAGAACCAUCUGCAUAGCAAUAAUUAAAUCUAUGAGAGCUGAUUAGAUUAUGAAGUGAAAGACUAUAGAGAGAGAAAAGGGCCUAGGACAGCCUUGGGGACACCCACUGUUAGCAUGACUAGCAUCAAGAUUCAGUAAAAGGAGACAGAAGGAAUUGUCAGGCAGGAGGAGAAUCAGAGAAAAGCAUUGUCAUGAAAACCUAAAAAGAUUAUCAUGAUGAUCAACACUUGCAAAAACUAAGAUUGGGCUGCCAAUAAAAUGAAAAUGCCAAAAUAAUUAAAAUAGUGAUACCUGAAUUACCUUAGAGAUUUAGUGCUUUAUCAGUGAAACUACUAAAGGAGUACUUUACAGAACUAGAUGAAAUAAUAAUCAGAAUGAAUAAAGGGGAGUGAUAUGUAAUAUUGCUGGAAAGAUUAUGAAAAGCUUUAACUGCCCCAAAGAAAACCUUAUAUCUGAUCCUAGAGGUUAUGGAAUUGUACCCUGGACUUUAUCUACUAUGCUUUUACACGGGGUAUCUUUGUCUCAUCCUAUACCCUGCGCCUCUUUUCAUCUGUUUAUGUGUUGUCUUCCCAGUUAGAAUGUAAGCUCCUUGAGGGCAGGGACUAUCUUCCUGCUUGUGUUCAUAUUCCCAGCUCUUGGCACAGUGCCUGGCAUAUAGUAAGUGCUUAAUAAAUGCUUGUUGCUUUA